UUCACAAUACAUACAAGCGGUCCCUUCAUUUUAACGUUAGUUGCUAAAGGUGAAUCAUGUCGACCGCGUACAAAAAUAACCCGGCUGUGGCGAAUUUCGUAGAAUAUUUAAGAAUACCAUCGGUACAACCGAACAUCGAUUACGAUGAAUGCGUAAAGUUCCUGAAGCGACAAGCUAAUGAAAUAGGUUUGGAUUUCAAAGUUUACGAAGUGGUGACUCAGAAACCUAUCGUGGUGCUGACAUGGAAGGGGAAGGAGCCUACCUUGCCAGCUAUACUGUUAAACUCUCACAUGGACGUAGUUCCCGUGUUUGAAAACAGUUGGACUUAUCCACCUUUCAGCGGACACAUCGAUGAAGAAGGGAAAAUCUUCGCUCGCGGCUCCCAAGACAUGAAGUGUGUCGGUAUUCAAUAUCUGGAAGCGAUUAGAAAAAUAAAACAAGCUGGCUUGCAACUGAAGAGAACUCUACAUAUUUCUUUUGUGCCAGAUGAGGAGAUCGGAGGACACGACGGCAUGGAAAAAUUCGUUUUGACCAAUGAAUUUAAAGCGUUGAACAUAGGUUUUGCCUUGGAUGAAGGCAUGGCCAAUCCCACUGAUGAAUUCAUAAUAUUCAAUGGCGAGAGAAGCAUUUGGCAAAUGCACAUUCAUUGCACCGGGCAACCUGGACAUGGGUCUCUGUUGAUACCAAAUACAGCUGGUGAAAAGUUACGAUACAUAAUUGACAAAUUUAUGGAUAUGAGAGAGGAACAGAAAAAAAUAUUGGAAAGUGACAAUAAACUGACUAUUGGUGAUGUUACUACCAUAAAUCUAACUCAAAUUUCGGGCGGCGUUCAGUCUAAUGUAGUGCCUGAAAAAUUGACGGUUGUGUUUGAUGUCCGAUUAGCAGUCACUGUUGACCACGAAGAAUUCGAGAAUAAGGUAACUCAAUGGUGCAAAGAAGCAGGUGAUGGUGUAACGUUCGAGUUUGAACAGAAAAAUCCAAAUGUCGAAUGUACUAAAUUGGAUAACUCAAAUCCUUAUUGGGUCGCUUUCAAAGGAGUCUGCGAUGAGUUGGAACUCAAGUUGGACUGCAGAAUAUUCCCAGGAGGUACUGACAGCAGGUAUGUACGCCGCGAGGGUAUUCCUGCUAUAGGAUUUUCACCAAUGAACAACACACCAGUCCUUCUUCACGAUCACGACGAGUUUUUACGCGCAGAUAUAUAUUUGAGGGGAAUCGAGAUAUAUGAGAAAUUGAUACCCGCAGUUGCUAAUGUUUAAACAAUGAAAUACUAUUCACAUUAUAUACACUUGUUAUCG